AUGGAUUUCAUCAAGACCAGUUCCCUGCGUGCUCUGAUUGAGUUAAAUUUCCAAUGCAACGCCCAAACCGCGCAGUCCGGCUGGCCGAGGAACGAAUGUUCCGCGCUCGGCCAAAGUCAUAUCCGUCCGUCUAAAGUCUCGGCCAAAGUUCGAAACCGACCGGCCGAUCACAUAUCACGACCCGGAAAACAUAAGCCUGUGGUCGGCCAAGCUACAACCGUUUCACGCCACGCCACGCACGACCAUGCCGCGCGAGCCGGGGAACAAAGCCUCGCGGCCGCGCAACCCACUUCGCGUACCACGGCCGAUGCAUCCGUCCGAGCCGGGAAAGAACGUCCCACGUCCGGCCGAGAAACCAUCGGCCAAAUCUUCGUCCGCCCGACCACGCCGGCCGACCGUGAAAUCAUCCGGCCACGACCGUUCCGAUCUCGGCCACGACCCGACUAUCCGACCGACCGUCCAAACGCCGCGGUCGACCCAAAGCCUUUUUUGAAGCCCAAUCCGCACAAUUCAAGCCCAAAGCCGGCGCCGACCUAG